AUGGAGCUUGACUCAGAAAAGGAACCCACUCUCUUAAUGGCCAAUCAGACUCAAAACAAGGAUGGAGAAGAGGGUACUAAAAAGGUUAGAGAAGCUUUUCAUACUACCCCACAGAAUCAGAUGAAUCUGUUUCCUCAGAAGCUUAUAGCAUCCCAAAAGGAUGAAGAGUUCCACCAGUUUCUGAAAAAGGUUAAAGAGAUUUGCGUUGAAGUACCACUGUUAGAUGCGUUGCACCAGAUGCCAAAGUUCACAAAAUUUUUAAAGGGAAUCUUAUCCAAUAGAAGGCAAAAAGGUAACUUCGAGACCAUAUCAUUGCCAGAAGGUUGUAGUGCUCUUUUUAUGGCGAACUCCCCACCAAAACUUCAGGAUCCAGGAAGUUUCUCCAUACCGUGCAAAAUUAGUUCUGAACUCAUACCGAGAGCCUUCUGCGAUUUGGGGGCUAGUGUCAGCCUACUCCUGUACUCUCUAUGCAAGAAGUUGGGACUCCAGAGCAUUAAACUGACUACUAUGACACUACAGUUGGCUGACCAUUCGUGUAGAUACCCAAUGGGUAUAGUGGAAGACGUGCCAGUAGAAGUGGGGGUUUGCGUCAUCCCCACGGACUUCAUCAUUAUGGAUAUGAAGGAGGACCCCAAAAUACCGAUCAUCCUUGGAAGACCGUUCCUCGCCACGGCAGGAACCCUCAUUGAUGUGAAGAAUCACAAACUAUCAUUGGAGAUCGGUAAGGAAAGAAUUGAAUUUGAUUUGUCCAACCCUUCUAACUGCGUCUCCUUUUCUUAG